GGUGCGCUGUGUCCCACAGACACAGCGGAUCACCGAUCAAUGGAAAGAGCCGAAGAUGUCGGCUUGGUCAUGUGAUCAGCUGUGUCCAAUCACAGCUGAUCACAUCAGUGCCACCUGUCAGUGUCCAUCAGUGCCAGCUGUCAGUGCUCAUCCAUACCACCUGCCAGUGCCCAUCAGUGCCACAUUUCAGUUCCUACCAGUGCACAUCAAUGCCACAUAUCAGUGCCCAUUUGAGCUGCCUUUCAGUGUCACCCAUCAGUGCCAGUCAGUGCCACCUAUCAAUGCCAUAUAUGAGUGCUGCCUUUCAGUGCCCAUCAGUGAUGCCUGUCAAUGCCACCUAUCAGUGCUGUCAAUCAGUGCCAGUCAGUGCCGCCUAUCAGCGUGCAUCAGUGCCGCCUUUCAGUGCCUGUCAGUGCUGCCUAUCAGUGCCGAAUAACAGUGCCAGUCAGUGCCACCUAACAGUG